AGUAAUUUUUGGAGGGUCUAUUUUAUACUACCAGUUUAUUUUACAAUUAUUGACAUCCAACCGUCAGGCACUGUGGUAAGCGGAUUUAAUGGUGAGCAAAACUCGACGUGGCUUUAACAUUUGAGGAAAAUGAGAGCUGGGGAGCGGGUGGGAAUUCAAGCUGAGGAUGAAAAGGGGUCAGACUAUAUAACUCAUCAGCGCUUAUUUGAGGAUGGGGAGGGGAUUGAACCCGACAGUUCACAUAUGCUAGGAAGGACUCCAGAGCUACACUUCCAAUCGGUCUUUGAGGAUUCUCAGAGGUUUAUCCUAAGGGGAUAACCUAUCUAAAAGUUUUAAGGUAUUUUUUUGUACAUACAUUAUCUCACAAAUCCACACAAUUACCCUGCAAGGUAGGUGUUAUUACCAAUCACUUCUACAUAUGGUAGGAAAGCUAUGAGCCGUAGAAAAGACGGUAGGAACAGCAAGAAACCAGGAAAAGGGAAGCACUCCGUGUAACAUCCAGUUUCAGCAAAACAACCCUCCACCUCCUCUAUCUGAUCAGGUCCUUCCCGUUCUGCUACCCUCCAAGAGAUGUUUUGGUCACUCUGGCCUUUCUUCAAAAAAGGAUCCUACUAGGUCCCUGCAGCCAGAAUUCCCUGCACGCCCAUGUUUUCCUCUUGCUAGUUCUCCAUCAACUGAGCCAUGCCGCACUGCUGCUUCCUUGUAAAAUCCCACCUAUCUAUGCGAUCUCCCCCGCAAGGCCAAACGGGUUUGCACGGGCCCCUAUUCUAACAGCGACCCUCGUAAAUAAGACCCCUUUAACAGGCUGCAGUAAGUAAACAUCACGGCCCGUUUAGCACUGUUUUAUACCAGAGGAAAGGAAAGCUUCGCCGAAUAUGCACAACAACCUUGCACACAUUUCACUGCUAUUUUACAGAUGAAGAAACCCAGAUCGCAAGCAGGGUGGAAACCCCAAGACUGUCGGGCUCCACAGCUGCUAUGAAAUAGUAGUAACAAGACACCUAGGCGGGGAGCGCAGGGCGUGCCUCAUUACGAGGCCAGGAGACAGGACUUCCAACGUGGGCCUGAGCGGGAGCUUCAGCGGUCGGCAGCGGCCACACAUCAUACACGUCUCGGAGCAGCAGGCGGCGGCAGUGUUUACGGUCCACGUGUAGCCGCCCCGCCCCGCAGCCCCAGUUUCAGGACAGACUGAGCAGGGCCCUAGAUCACUGUAAACAAAAUUUCUACUUGAGAAAAUGUUGAUACGUUGGAUUUGAUGCGUUGGAUUGGUUGGAUGAGAUACAAGAAGUGAAUUUUUGUAACCUGAGGAGAAAGCCCGCACUGCUGGAGUACAUGUGUAAAUCACUGCGUUACUGCUUUAGUCACUGUCUCUACCUCGCCAUGACAAGACUGGAGGAAGUAAAUAGAGAAGUGAACAUGCAUUCUUCAGUGCGGUACCUCGGCUACUUAGCCAGGAUAAACCUACUGGUGGCUAUUUGUUUAGGUCUUUAUGUAAGAUGGGAAAAAACAGCCAACUCCUUAAUUUUGGUAAUUUUUAUCCUUGGUCUUUUUGUUCUUGGCAUUGCCAGCAUACUCUACUAUUAUUUUUCAAUGGAAGCAGCAAGCUUAAGUCUCUCCAAUCUUUGGUUUGGAUUCCUGCUUGGCCUUCUGUGUUUUCUCGAUAAUUCAUCCUUUAAAAGUGAUGUGAAAGAAGAAUCAACUAAAUACUUACUUCUGACCUCCAUAGUGUUAAGGAUGUUAUGCGCGUUCGUGGAAAGGAUUUCUGGCUACGUCCGUCAUCGACCCACUUUACUAACUACAGUGGAGUUUCUGGAACUUGUUGGAUUUGCCAUUGCCAGCACCACCAUGUUGGUAGAGAAGUCUCUGAGUGUCAUUUUACUUGUUGUGGCCUUGGCCAUGCUGAUUAUUGACCUGAGGAUGAAGUCCUUCCUAGCUAUUCCAAACUUGGUUAUUUUUGCAGUGGUGUUGUUUUUUUCUUCAUUGGAAACUCCCAGAAAUCCAGUUGCUUUUGCCUGUUUUUUUAUUUGCCUAAUAACUGAUCCUUUCCUUGACAUUUACUUUAGUGGACUUUCAGUGACCGAAAGAUGGAAACCCUUUCUGUACCGCGGAAGAAUCUGCAGAAGACUUUCCGUUGUUUUCAGUGGGAUGAUUGAGCUUACAUUUUUUAUUUUGUCAGCAUUUAAACUGAGAGAUACUCAUCUCUGGUAUUUUGUAAUACCAGGCUUUUCCAUUUUUGGAAUUUUCUGGAUGAUUUGCCAUAUUAUUUUUCUUCUGACGCUUUGGGGAUUCCAUACCAAACUGAAUGACUGCCAUAAAGUGUAUUUUGCCCACAGGGCAGAUGACAAUAGCCUUGACAGAAUCAUGGCAUCCAAAGGGAUGCGCCACUUUUGCCUAAUUUCAGAGCAGUUGGUUUUCUUCAGCCUUCUUGCGACGGCGGUGUUGGGAGCAGUUUCCUGGCAGCCAGCAAAUGGAAUCUUCUUGAGCAUGUUUCUGAUUGUCCUGCCGUUGGAAUCCAUGGCUCAUGGGCUCUUCCACGAAUUGGGUAACUGUUUGGGAGGAACAUCUGUUGGAUAUGCCAUCGUAAUUCCCACCAAUUUCUGCAGUCCUGAUGGUCAGCCAACACUGCUUCCACCAGAACAUGUUCAGGAAUUAAAUUUGAGGUCGACUGGCAUGCUCAACUCCAUCCAAAGAUUUUUUGCGUAUCACAUGAUUGAAACCUAUGGCUGUGACUAUUCCACAAGUGGACUGUCCUUUGAUACUCUGCAUUCCAAACUGAAAGCUUUCCUUGAACUUCGGACUGUGGAUGGACCGAGACACGACACAUACAUUCUGUAUUACAGCGGGCACACCCAUGGCUCGGGAGAGUGGGCCCUCGCAGGUGGAGACAUCCUGCCCCUUGACACACUUGUAGAAUGGUGGAGAGAAAAGAACGGUUCCUUCUGUUCGCGGCUUAUCAUCAUCUUAGACACCGAGAAUUCGGCCCCGUGGGUCAAGGAGGUGCGAAAGGUUGACGACCAGUAUAUCGCAGUGCAAGGAGCGGAGAUGGCAAAGACAGUAGAUAUUGAAGAGGCCGACCCACCACAGCUGGGCGACUUCACCAAGGACUGGGUUGAGUAUAACUGCAACCCUGGUCACGACAUCUGCUGGACCGAGAAGGGGCGCACCGUGAAGGCGGUGUACGGCGUGGCCAAGCGCUGGAGUGACUACACGCUGCACCUGCCGACGGGCAGCGACGUGGCCAAACACUGGACGCUGCACUUUCCCCGGGUCACGUACCCGCUCGUGCACUUAGCUAGCUGGUUGUGUGGCCUGAACCUUUGCUGGGUCUGCAAGACGUGCUUCAGGUGCUUGAAAAGAUUGAAAAUGAGCUGGUUUCUUCCUGCUGUGCUGGACACGGGACAAGGCUUCAAACUUGUCAGAUCUUAACUUGGACCCCGGGGCAGGGUGUUACUGAGCGUCCGUAUCACCAGUUAUCACUAACUUGCCAGUUUUUUGUAUGCUACAUUUUUAUUUGUGGAAAAUACCUUGCUACUGCUGCAGCUGUUCCACUUUGUCUUUUCUCAAGUAACGGGAUCGGGGGGUGUUGGGAAUAAGCAUUAUUUUAUAUUAAAAGUACGCAGGAAGUCAUGAGUGCUGCCUCUAAAUGCUUAAGAGAUGUUAAAAAUAACAGUGCACUUUCAGGAACGUUUGCGUUUGCCUCUGACUAGAAAACAGUUGUCUGUGCCCUGCGACGGCCAGUGGAGAGUGACUAAUGCCUUUUCUCUACGCGUGCAUUGGACAUUGUAGGUCUGACAGGUUUAUUCACUAUUUUAAGACUACCAGUUUACUAACAGAUUUCUUUUUUGUGAACAGUUAGGCUUGAGUCCACGGCCAUUUGAAGAAGUAUAAACAUUUCUUAGAGAAGGAAACAGUCUACCCAAAAUGAAUGCAGAAUUGGCUUGUACUUAAUCACAUUUGGGUAUUUUGGUUGUGAACUGUUACGGUGUGGCAGAGAAGCUCAGAUUCCCUUUUAGAUCAAAGCAUUCUUCAUGUAGGUCCCCAUAGGAAGCUGGAGGUGGCCACCUGUUCCUUCCUGCAUACUGAGGGCUCCGAAAGCACUGCUAAUUUCAAAGACUGUUUCUCAGGGUAACAGUGUUUUCUUAAUGAACAGUGUUUCACGCUACAAACUUCUUGCUAAUUCUUCCCUUUCAGAAAGUAGUCUUAUAAAAGAAAUUCAGCAUUUUCUCAUUGCCCAGUUCAGUCUAAGUAUUCAGAAGAUACUUCCAUCUCUGUGGUGUUAAUUCUUUGCUAUGAAAGUUAUUUUUUCAAUUCCCAUUUGUGGUAACAUUUUUUUCUACUGAAGUUAAAAGGAUAGGAAACAGGUCAUUUUUCUUUGUAGGCAUGCAUUAUAUAAAAAGUAUUCAUGUUUGCAGUUAAGCAUAAUAAGUGUGGUUAUAAUGUUUAAAACUUAAUGUUUUGUCUGAGUAAAACAGGCAGUGAUCAGGCGGUCUCCUAAGAGGUAAUUUAUUUCAUGUUCCCUUCCAGUGAUCCUUGCAUUCUAAAUUUCUAUCUUUGAGAAAUAUCAAGAGGGGAUAAAAUUGUGAGAUAAUCUAAUCUUUGUUUCUUAAAUAGUGACUUUUCACCAUUGAAGCCAUUUUUCCCAGUGCAGAGAGAGGAAACAAUGCCUGUCUCUACCAUUUUCUGCUGGGGAACAAUUGAAGAUUCGCUCAGAAGAAGUCGCUUGUACACCAUGAUCUAUGCAGCACUGUUAUUAUAGUCUGAUUGUUUCUAUGUUUCAAAUAUGAGUUUCUUAAAGACUUUGAAUAAAAUUGUAUUAAAAAGUAAUUUUUCACUUAAUGUGCAAUGAAUAGUUACUGAAUGUUUUAGUAUAUUGAAAGUAAUAAUUAUAAAAAAUGACCAUGUUUUAAAA